UACCACGUGAGAGGAUUUAAUUUCUUGCUUGAGAUCGGGAAACCUCGCGAUAGCUUAUCCUGGGCGACCGCGCGUAGGAUUCAAUUGGGAACGUCGCUAUGACCUCGGCUUUGGAAAACUAUAUCAACCGUACUGUUGCUGUGAUUACUUCAGAUGGUCGAAUGAUUGUGGGAACUCUCAAGGGGUUUGAUCAGACAAUCAAUUUGAUUUUGGAUGAGAGCCAUGAAAGAGUAUUCAGUUCUUCACAAGGAGUGGAACAAGUAGUUUUGGGGUUAUACAUUGUAAGAGGAGAUAAUGUAGCUGUAAUUGGAGAAAUAGAUGAAGAAACAGAUUCAGCCCUUGACUUGGGAAAUAUUCGAGCAGAACCUUUGAACUCAGUUGUACAUUGAAAGACAAAAUAAUGACUGCUGUACAGAAUUAUUUAUACAACGGCAUGACUUCUUUUUAAAAUUUAUAUAAUUUGGAUCAUUUAUACUUAUUUUUACUGUUAUAGCUUUAUGUAAAUUAAACUAUACAUUUUACUACUGAUUCAUGUAUUUAGAAGUUCAACAUAGCAAUAGGAAAAAGCAACUUUAAAAGUGUUAUCUAAAAGUUACAACACAGGGAAAUGAAAAUUCUAAACAGUUGACACAAAAGGAAUAUUUUGCUGGGAACAACAUUCAGAAACAGCAAUGAUUUUUAAAUUUUAUUAAAUAAAUCACAUUAAAUACACUGCAUAAAUAAUAAAAAUAUUUUUAAUUUCUUUAAAA